AUGCGUACCUCUUUCGUUUCCAUGCUGGCCCUCAGCGCCGCCGCUGUGUCUGCUGCCCCAGCUCCUUCUCGUGUUUCCGAGCUUGUUGAGCGCGGGUCUUCGACCUGCACCUUCAACUCGGCCGCCAGCGCCAGCGCUAGCCAGCAGUCUUGUUCCACCAUUGUGCUGGACAACAUCAAGGUCCCUGCCGGCGAAAGUCUUGACCUUUCCAAGCUGCAGAGCGGCACUAAGGUCAUCUUCAAGGGCGAGACUACCUUCGGAUACAAGGAGUGGAAGGGUCCCCUCAUCCGCAUGUCCGGCAAGAACAUUCAUGUCUCCGGCGAAGCAGGCCAUGUCAUCAACGGCGGCGGUGCUAGCUGGUGGGACGGUAAGGGAACCAACGGCGGAAAGACUAAGCCCAAGUUCUUCUACGCCCACUCCCUGGACGACUCGUCCAUCACCGGCUUGAACGUCAAGAACACCCCGGUCCAGGGUUUCAGUGUGCAGGCCGACAACCUGGUCCUCGACCACAUCACAAUCGACAACACCGACGGUGAUUCCAAGGGCGGCCACAACACCGAUGCCUUCGACGUUGGCGACAGUACCUACAUCACCAUCAGCAACGCUAACAUCAAGAACCAGGACGACUGCCUGGCUAUCAACUCUGGCGAGAACAUCAUUUUCACCGGCGGUACCUGCUCCGGCGGCCACGGUCUCUCCAUCGGUUCCGUUGGCUUGCGCGACAACAACAUCGUGAAGAAUGUGACCAUCUCUGACUCAACCGUGACCAACUCCGACAACGGCGUCCGCGUCAAGACCAUCUACAAGGCCACUGGUGCAGUCUCCGGUGUGACUUUCUCCAACAUCAAGCUAUCCAACAUCAGAAAGUAUGGUAUCGUCAUCGAGCAGGAUUACGAGAACGGCAGCCCGAAAGGCAAUCCCACUACCGGUGUCCCCAUUACCGACCUCACUGUCGAGAAGGUUACCGGCGCAGUUGAGAGCAGCGCUACUCCCGUCUACAUCCUUUGCGGUAGCGGCAGUUGCAAGGACUGGACCUGGUCUGGAAACGCUCUCACUGGUGGUAAAAAGAGCACCAAGUGCUCUGGUGUGCCUACUGGUGCUUCUUGCUAG